AUGGAGACCCCAUCAGUGCCUGUGCCCUUCAGUGAGAGUAGGAUUCACCUGGAAGAGUCCAGAGUGUUUGACCAUUCUGCUGUGUGCUUUGAGCACCCUAGUGAGAGGCCACUGGUUGGAUCAUUGUGGGGCUGGGUGUGCGGGAGUCCUCAGCGCCUCUCUGUGUUGUGUGUUGCAGUGUUCCUGGGGGCCAAGAAUGCCCACUCAAUUCUCAAACGCUUCCCCCGGGCCAACAGCUUCCUGGAGGAGUUCCGCCAGGGCACCAUCGAGCGGGAGUGCAUCGAGGAGAUCUGCAGCUAUGAGGAGGUCAAGGAGGUGUUUGAGAACAAGGAGAAAACGAUGGAGUUCUGGAAAGGAUACACCAACUCCAUAUACUCCGUCAAGGACCCCGGGCAGGGCACGGAGCGCUCAGAUGCCAUGUAUGUGGUGGUGCCUCUCCUGGGAGUGGCUCUGCUCAUAGUCAUUGCCCUGUUCAUCAUCUGGAGGUGUCAGCUGCAGAAGGCCACGCGCCACCGUCCCUCGUACGCCCAGAACCGCUACUUGGCCAGCCGAGCGGGCCGCAGCCUCCCCAGGGUCAUGGUGUACCGAGAGACCUCUCACAGCCAGGGGGAAGGCCAGUCCCAGCGCGAGCCAGGCAGCAGGGUGCCUGCUGAUGGCAGAGCAGGAGGCACUCUUUAUCCGCCGGAGCACUCCUUCUCCGUCCUCUCCAGACUGUCUAGCGCCACCCCUCCCCCUUCCUACGAGGAGGUGACCGGUCACCCGGAGAGCAGCAGUGGUGAGGAAACCUGCAUCUCCUACAAUGACCCACCGCCCAAAUAUGAAGAGAUAGUGGGUGUGGCCCCUGCCUUGGGCAAAUAG